AUGGCUCAAAAAUUCAUCAUGCGGCACAAUACUCAAUCACAAAACUCGCUUGGUGUGGGAAUAAAUUUUGUCUUAAUCCCAAAACAGCUCAUAAAACCUUCGACGCCCACUGCACCCAACGCACUCAAAAUAACAACUUUAUUGAGUUCAUUAACCAUUUGUCAGACAUCAAAGUGGACAUUUGACAACCAAUAG